UUUUUAAUCUGGACGUUUGUAUCUGUGGGGAAACAGACGACUGCACGGCAGCGAAACUCGGAGCCCCUUCACCCAAGCUUUCUGUCUCGGCCAUCAGCCUGAUGCUAAUGGGAUUCUGCUCAUUGCUGUUCACCCCUCUCCUCCUGCUGUUCUGUCGGUGUGGAGGAGACAACACCCCCCGUCCUGACCAAUUCAAAGAUCUGCCAUUUGGCACCAAAGAACACCUCAUAUCCUACCACACUGAAGGCAGAGGCGAGGACAAGGAAGUUCUACCCCCAAGUGUCCCAUUAAUGUUAGAAAACCAGAAGAAACUUGGAGCCGCAAAAGCAGCAAGCUUCAAUGCCAUUUCAUCAAAAAUCCCACAAUCUCAUCACACGACAAGGUACAAUGAAGCAAUGCAGAUUAUUUGGGGAACCAACCACAGUCGGUUGGAGACCGACAAUGCCUACAGGUUUUCAAGGAAAUCUUUCAACCAUGGAAAUGCCAGUGCUUCCUUUAGCCGAAAAACAUCUGGUGCCCAAUGCACGACAGCUCUGUAUGAGGAUGUAUCUGACGCGUUUCUCAAGGAUUAUUACUCACAGAAAGCGGCGUAUGCUGUGGAAGGGAAGGACAGGGUUUUGGAGUUUGACUUUGAGGGCCAUGGCUCUUCUGCUGGCUCGGUGGGCUGCUGCAGCCUUCUGGGGUCUAAUAAUGACCUGCAGUUCCUCAAUGACCUCGGCCCGAAGUUCAAGACUCUGUCUGAGAUCUGUUCCCCUCCUACACCAAUACCCAACUCUUCUCUGACACAAAAAAUACAAGGUCCUGUCCAAACAAAUAUAGUUGAUAUUGCUAAAGCGGUUGUUGAGUCUAAAAUUGAUUGCAUUGUAGAAACACAGCGUGCCGAUAUAAAGACACUUGCUCAUUCUAAUCUAACUGACAUCAGUUAUUGCUCAAACAUUGAUAAUUCUACUCUGCCCCAUCAAUCAGGAAUCAGGAAUCAGGAAACAUUUCAAGCUCAGACAGUUAUACUACAGCAAUGGCCAGUUUACUACACUUCUGCCCCUCUACUACAGACUUUGCAGUAUGUAAUUCAACCGCAACUUCAGAACAGUGUUCUGCUGGAUGACGUGGCCCAUGGAGCUAAAUUUCCAGGCCUGCAUGUAGUCGGUGGUCCCCAGGACCCUUAUUCUGAACUCAUUAACGUUAUCAGUGGUAUUGAGAGCCCCACAAGCCCUGUCAGCAGUCCAGUAAGUCUCACCCUGUUGCCACCUUGUGGCCCAGGGUUAUCUCCGGACUCAGUCCCUGAGGUCAGCCUCGCAAAUCCAGCAAAUCCCACUCUGUUGCUAACUGGUGGCCCAGAAGUAUCCCAGAACGCAGUCCCUGCAGAUGGCUGGAAAGUGGUGGGGGCAAAUUCUGAUGGUAGUUAUAUAUUAGUUAAUGACCAAGGAAGUCCAGGUAAGGCAAAAGGAGCAGACCCAGGCACAUCUCAGGGCGCUUUGCCAAGAGGUGCUAACCUGGUAAGACAGGCUGCUCGCCCUCAGGGGGUGUUAGAUACAGCAGCCCAGGGACGUGUGUAUGGAAUUCUGCCAGGACACACCAUUGCUAAAAAGAGGCGUGUUGUUGCAGUUAAGAGGAAUUUGGGGCAAACAUGGGUUGGGGAGACAGAGCUAAUGGAUUUGGGGCGGGUUACUGUUUUAGGAAUGGGAAUGGAAUAUGUGGUGGAUGUGAAGCCAGAUGUCAGACAUGUUGCAGUUUGGUCAACGGGGAUGAACCCUGUUGGGAUUAGGCAGCUCAGAGUAAACCAGUUACAUGAAAUUCCACCAUUUGAGCAAACAUUGGAUGCUAGUGGUGUUGUGGGAGAAUGUACAAUAGCUUCACCACGGAAGGUCAGAACAGAUCAAAGAUAUGUUAUAUGUUAUAUGCUUUGGAUCGUUGAAGGUUUAGAGAACAGAAGUGCGGAUGUUGGGUUAGAAUCUCAAUCAAAGGAGGAAUCAAAAGGAGGAUCACAGGAACUAAGUGACAAAAGCCUGGAGGAAGAUAUCAGUCCAAAAGAAAACAUUAAAAGAAAUCCGGUCAUUGCUACUUAUAGUAUCCAGGCAAAGAAGAAUAUGGAGGAAAUCACUACUUUAACCGGUGAUUCACAAGAAAAGGUAAAGGCUAUUCAGGGAAAAGUGUUAGAUCCUGAAGUGGGAGUCAAUAAUGUGGUUGAAAAAUUGUCAGCAGAUCCUCAAAAGGAAUUUUCAAAAGACACUCAUCAAAAACCAAUGCUAGAACAAUGGAGUAAGAUAGAAAAUGGUCAUACAAACACAGCUAUUACUGAUUCUGAAGCAAGAACAUCAUUACAGCCUGUGAGCUUUAUCAUAAACAACCAAGAAGAUCUGAGGGAAUCAAAUGUGAUAUUAGCAUCAGUAGAAAUGAACAACGUACAAGAAGAGAGCUCUGUCCCAACUAUUCAAACAUCAGAGCACCAUAUGGAUACACCAAAAGACCGUAGUGCUGGCUACAAAGAAGAAGAUCAUGAUAAUCAACAACAUAAAAUAUCGCAAUCAGGAGUAAACAAGGAUGAAGUUGGUACGGAUGCAGGCGGUAUUCGUGAUGGAGAGGCACAGGAGAGUUUUACCACACCCAAAAACCCAAAUGAAGACAUCAAGAGGCAAUGUUCUUCGAGUUCUCAAAUGGAGGAUAUUUUCACCUGAGAUGAUGCUAAUACUGAAGAGGAAGAUGGUUUAUUGGAAAUGGCGUCACCAGACAUAAGCUUCUUAGAUUACCAAAAUGGAGAGUGUAGAGGAACAUCAAACGGCUUACAUCUCAAAUGAAUUAGACAGUGUAAGUGAUGGAGAGAAAGAGGCACCAUUUAUACAGCAUAACAUUUGCAUUUUAGGUGCAACAGGCAAGUUAUUUCAUUGAGGAAGAAGAGUAGAAGAAGAGAAGUCUAACCCGCUAUUAGAAGAGGACUCUGUACCUUUUGAGACUCAAAGUUUAUCUGAGGAGGAUAUUCAUCUAGAAAGUUAACAUAUAGAACUGAAUCUGGUGCGGUCAACACCAAAAGUGGUCAAACUCAAGAAAGUCCUUUUGAAGUCAAUACACACCAUUUAAGGACAGUGAUGGGUUCUUGUCAGACAGUGGACACUCUGGAUAUUACUGAGGGACGUUGUUGGCCAAGCGUUAACGGAUGCUAACAAUGAUGGUUUUGACAUUAUGGUCACGUCUUCGGAGGAGAUCCUCUACAGGUCUAUACUCAGUCAUGAUAAAUGGGCCAGUGGUAGAAUAUUGGCAUUGGGGCACAGGGUGUAACUGCCUGAUUAUCAUGGCACAAACAUCAUUUUAAGCUUGGAAAAUCUCACUUUAGAAAAAGGCAAAGUAAAGGUCACUUUUGCCCCACAGUUAACAGGGAUUAGAUAAUUGUGCAACUAAUGUAUCUCUCCAGGUAUCGCCAACAACCUAUUCCGAGAUUAAAUUGGUGGAUAAUUCCGUAUCUUAAAUGUUAGAAAAAGAAGCAGGCUCAUCAGAGACCGGAAUUGCAUGAACAUCAGACAUAGUUGAGGAGGCUGGUGACUUUGUUCAUAUUGAAAGUGUGCACAUGACAGGAGAAGCAGCAGGGGUCGGCCCGAAUACUUGAGAGCUGGUUUGACAGAGGUUGUGCCUGAAGCUCCCGAUAACACGCAUGGUUCCGAGGAUUGGGUUAACUUCCAAUGUUAAUGUGUGCUUUGACACAUUAUCUCAUUAGGGUGGCAAAUCCCAGCUUUGCCUGUGUGACUUGAGUUUUGUAAGGGGUGUGUCCCAACAUUACAUACCAUCAGAAGUGGAAAGAGUACUGAAAAAGUACUGUUACGUUGCUUAAAUUGUACUCAAUUACAAGUAAAAGUACUAGUGUUAAAAGAUACUUAUGUAAAAGUUCAAAGUACUCUUUUCAAAAACUAGUACAAAUGACUUUUUAAGCGAUGGAUGUUUUAUUGCAUCGUCAAUAGCAGACAUUCGAUUCACCUGUAUAAAAUUCAAAGCACAUUUCUUAGACGAACUAUAUAGAAAAAUUACAGGCAAUCAAACGGCAAAACAAAUCCAACAGUAAAACACUGCAAGAGAAACCGGAGCACACGCCACGCAAACUUCAAAACACAUGCAAGAGAGAAAAUAAAAGCAAUAUCAUACAAGUAUAGUUGUAAAAGCUCUUACUGCAAUGUGUUUUUUAGAUUAAACGUUGAAGUCUUGUAAGCAGAUAUCACAGUGUUGGUCAAACAAAGUUUCACUUCAUCUGGACGCUGUCUCAUUUUCUUCCUUUGUAAAUGAAAAAUUCCUCCAGGUACGGCCACAGGCAGUCGUCCUCCGUCGUUUGUUCAUUAUUCUCCCUGGUAACUUCUGUCUCCAUUUUGGCUUCUUUCUCGCCAUCUGACAGCCAAUAACGCAUUGAAAAAAAAAUCUGACAGUAUGAUUAUUAUUUUAAAUUGUGGGCAUACUCAAUAGCAACUUUUGAUUUUGAAAGUCAAAAGUUGGUGUAAAUUGUACUUGAGUAUGAGUAAAAUUACACACUUGAAGAAAAUACUCCUAAAAGUAGUACCCAAAAAAUCUACUUAAUUACAGUAACGUGAGUAUUUGUAAUUUGUUACUUCCACCUCUGCAUACCAUACAGACAGUCCAAAUACCAGAAAGAGGUACUUCAACUUCUGAACUUAAUUGCCAAGAAAUAGUUUAUGUUGAUGCUAGUUGAUCAUAUAUCAUAGAUCGGACAACUGCAGGAAUUAUUAACUUUUACUUUAAUCUGUGUUAUGCGGGUUUAUGGAAUUCUGCUCUCAGCCGGUCCAGUCGCUGCUGCUUCUAAAGUCGGAGCGAAGAGGAUGGGUGGUGUUUUUUCAAAUGAGUUAAAUGUACGGGCUAGGGAUAUGAUAUGAUAAGAUGUACUUUAUUGUCCGGAGGGUAAUUUGUCUUGUGCAAUUCAAAAUACACAAUAGAUUAUAGAUUUUAGAGCACAAUAGAAAACACAAAGAUAAGACAAAAAACUGGUGUCUGUAAUAACCUUUUAUGUUCCAAAUUGUGUUCAGAAUUUUGGUUGUGGGUCCACCUUUUUUUUGCAUAUCUCUUAUUAUCUCAUAGACCUAACAAACAGAUUGGUUUUUGAGCCAUUUGUUCUUAUUUUUAUCUAGUUGAAAUGUAAAAACUACUAGACAGAACAUGCACUGGUUGAAAAACUAGUCUGGAUCUGUGAUCGAAACAACAAAUUGUCUCACUUGAUGUUGGGGGAGUUAGCGGGUUGUUUGGUCAUUUCAUCUCCCUGUAUUAAUCAAAGAAAAUUCAUGAUUUUAUUAAAAUACUAUUUGGAAGUAU